CAGGCGCCCUCUCGGCCGCAGUUCGACGCCGAGUUCCGCCGCUUCGCCGUGCGCCGCUCGGGCGCCGGCACCUUCCAGGACUUCUACCGCCUGCUGCAGACCGUGCACCGCAUCCCGCGCGUGGAGCUGCUGCUGGGCUACACCGACGUGCACGGCGACCUGCUGCCCAUCAACAACGACGACAACUACCACAAGGCCCUGUCCUCCGCCAACCCGCUGCUCCGCCUCAUCAUCCAGAAGAAGGCCGAGUCGGACGCCGGCGUCUUCGCCUCCAACUCCCUGCAGCGCAGGAGGAAGGGGCUGCUGCGGCCGGCGCACUGCCGGGCCAAGCCGGGCCUGCUCAUCGGCCUGCCCCAGGACUUCCGCCAGAUCUCCUCCAUCAUCGACGUGGACAUCCUGCCCGAGAGCCACCGCCGCGUGCRCCUGCACAAGCACGGCUCCGACAAGCCGCUCGGCUUCUACAUCCGCGACGGCGUCAGCGUGCGCGUGGCCCCGCACGGCGUCGAGAAGGUGCCCGGCAUCUUCAUCUCGCGCCUCGUGAAGGGCGGCUUGGCCGAGAGCACGGGGCUGCUGGCCGUGAGCGACGAGAUCCUCGAGGUCAACGGCAUCGACGUGGCCGGCAAGUCCCUGGACCAGGUGACGGACAUGAUGGUGGCCAACAGCCACAACCUCAUCAUCACCGUCAAGCCGGCCAACCAGCGCAACAACGUCAUCCGCAGCAGCAAGGCCUCGGGCAGCUCRGGCAUGUCCACGGACAGCACGCCCAGCCCGGCCUCGCACUACCUGAGCAACUACAGCACGGCCGAGAGCGACGACGAGGGCGACGUGGUGAUCGAGAGCGCCGGCGGCUGCCCCAACGGGGCGCCCGCCGAGCGCCCGCCGCGGCGCAGCCUGUCCCCGCACAGCCCGCGCGGCUCCCUGCGCUCGCUGGGCAGCCACGACGGCAGCCCCGGCCGGGGCGGCGCGCGCGACGCCGGCAGCCUCCUCGCCCUAUAG